AUGGCCGCUCAACCCGUCGUGCUUCCAACAUGGGCGCCAACUCCGCUCGACACUAUCUCUCAGAUACGCUCUGACUUGGAGACCAACUUCCGUACUGGCAAGACACGAGAUAUCGAGUUCAGACGCGACCAGCUCCUCGGCCUGGCAUAUCUUGUGCAGGAAAACCGUGUAGCUAUCCACGAAGCUCUGAGGAAGGAUUUGGGACGAAGUGAACACGAGAGUGACAUUAUCGAGAUUGGCGGAACUCUGGGGGAGAUAUUGACGGCGUACAAGUCAGUAGGGAAGUGGUCCAAGUCCGAGCGACCGCCCUUCGCUUUCAACUACUUCGCCAUGCGCCCGACUAUCCGCAAAGAGCCCAAGGGCGUCGUUCUCAUUCUCGUCCCGUUCAACUAUCCCAUCUUGCUCUCAUUGGGACCCCUUGCCAGUGCAAUUGCAGCCGGAUGCCCCUGUGUGGUGAAGCCAUCUGAGCUGACUACGGCAGUCGGUGCCCUCUUUGCCGAGCUUUUCCCCAAGUAUCUCGACCCGUCGUUCUAUCGCGUUGUGAAUGGCGCCGUUCCUGAGACUACUAGGUUGCUGGAGCAACCGUGGGGACACAUUCUUUUCACCGGUUCUGGACGCAUUGCGAAGAUCGUCCUUGCUGCGGCUGCGAAGACGCUGACUCCAGUGACUACCGAACUGGGAGGGAAAUCUCCUGUCAUUGUCGACCCGUCGUGUGACUUGAAGACGACUUGCCGGCGCAUACUCUGGGGCAAGACUGCCAAUGCAGGACAGACGUGUGUGGCGCCCGACUACAUCCUCGUCCCGCGCUCCUUCCACGACACCUUCGUCACUGCGCUUAGGGAAACACUGAAUGAGUACUACCCGGGCGGCGCUGCAAGCAGCGAUAGCUACUCGCGAAUUGUCUCGCCCGCUCAUCAUAAAAGGCUCGUCGAGCUCCUCGACAAUACCGAAGGCAAAGUCACGUACGGCGGCAAGACCACCGGCGCGACGGUUGACGGCGAGCGCUUCAUCGAGCCGACUGUGGUCACGGGCGUGAGCAUCGACGACUCACUCAUGCGGGAUGAAAUCUUCGGGCCGAUCCUACCGAUCAUCGCUGUCGAAGAUAUCGACGAGGCUAUUCGUAUCGUGAAUUCAAGGGAUUAUCCUCUGGCAUUAUACGUCUUCGCUCGGGACGCGAAAGUCAAAAAGAAGGUCUUCGAGUCGACGCAGAGCGGCAGUGUACUUGCGAACGAUGUUCUGCUUCAAGUGACAGCGGAUGGACUGCCCUUCGGCGGUAUUGGGCCGAGCGGAUCUGGCCAGCACACGGGGAAGUACGGGUUCGAUAUGUUCACGCAUAUGCGCGCUACCCUGGAUAACCCGAGCUGGCUCGACCUGAUCAUGAGCGGUCGCUUCCCACCCUUCACGGACAAAUCGACGAAGAUCAUCCGCGCUAUGGCUACUCCUUCACUCCCACCACGGAAAGCGAGCAGCGCGCCAAACCCAGCCCUCAAGACGUGA